CCGCCUCCCGGGGCGGCGGGGCGGGCCGACGGCUCGGGGCCUUGCUGGCUGAGGCCUGGCCGCGGCGGGAGAAGGGCCGAUGGAGGCAGCGGCGGCGGGCGGCAUCGCCCUGCACGACUUCAGCGGGCGGCUGGGCGAGCAGCGGGUGCACUUCCACGCCAUGCGGCUGCGGGACUCGCUCUUCCUCUGGGUGGGCGCCGCGCCCGCCCUCGCCAGCCUGGCCGUCGCCAUGUGCAGCCCCCGCGACAGUAUCCCGGUGGCCGCCUCGCUCCUGGGGGAUCCCUCCGACACCGCCUCCGCCUGCCUGGCCCAGCGCUUGGUGGCCAGGAAGAGCCACCUGAGAAAAGCCUUUCCUGGUGAUGGCUGUGGAGGAGAUGGGGCCGAGGAGCCGAUGGUGUGGCAGACAGGGACCCCAGCAGAGACCCCUGUCCUGCCCCAGGACGAGGCUGAGCAGGGUAAGCAUCUCCGCGUUUCCUUUCUGCCCUGCUGCAUCACCUGGUACCCGACUCCUCCAUACAAGAUAUGCUUAGCAAAAACUUUCCAACUCUGUGAGAGCAUCUGGAAAAAAAUAAUGAUCACAGAAGUGUUCAUCUCUUUAGGAAAAGGAGCAAAACUGGAGCUGCCAAGGCAGGAAGUUAGUUUGUGUUUUAUUGUCGUGACAGAGGCAGAGGGCCAGACCAACUUUAGAAGUCGGGGCUCCCCACAUUGGAGAAGAUCAGUACUGACUACCUGGUUUCAGGCAAAAACCCCAAAAAACAGCAAAUCAAGUGAAUUUCAUAAUUUUUUAAAAAAUAAAUUGCUGCAUGUUCCUGUCACCUAGUGUGUUUACUAUGUAAAUGCCGGUAAGUUUAAACAACCAUUCUCUUCCCUGGGCCCAUCUGUCAUCAGAGAGCAACCACUAGAACAGGAAACGAUAAAGCGCUGUGGACAACAGUGGUGAGCACACCAGGACCACUGACAGUGCUGGAAGCAGCCAGUUUAAUAGGCUUUGUGGAUGGUUUAGAAGAGACGUAACCAUAGCUUGAGCACACACGCGCAGAGACCGUGAACGAAGGAGCUGCUGGCUCCACGGCACGAUGGAUGGCAGGAUGCCGCUCUCCGCCUCAGCACUUGCCCCUGCUGCUCUGCUUUCAGGACCUUUUUCGUUAAGACUUUUGUUUUGCUACUUCGAUUUUUUGUUGUGAACUCGCCCCCACCCCAAUGUGUGUGGCUUGCAACAAGCAACUCAUAUUGAAGGCAAAAGUUAUUGCACAAACUUGGCACAUGAAUACUGCAUGAAUGGGGAAGGCCUGGGUUUUUUCCUUAGGUGAACACAGACUGCAGUCUCAGCACAGAACAAAGAGAAGCAGCUGUGCUCAAGCUCAACAAUAAAAUUUGAAUGUAAGGACGAUCAGGCUCUUGCUGUCGCAGCAAGUCUAGCAAAGGUGAAAAAAACCAGUAGUGUAACUUUGGGCAAAACUACCAUCAACAGGUCCAGUGUUUCUUACCAGGCUCAAGAAGAACCCAAAUAUCCACAUCUUCUGUGCAAAAAUUAGCAGCUUUAGGACAACAUUGUUACUCUGAAUGCAACAAUCUCUGUCGCUUCUGCAGGUCUACCGGUCCCCUUGCACUUGUCAGCAUCUGAGGCUGCGCUACUGCAUUGUCUGCCAGGGAGCACGUAUCUCUGAUUUAUUGGGGCCUGUAAGAGGACAUUGGCAGCCUAAUGGAGGAUGGAAAUUGUUAGGUACAGUAGUUAAUCGACAAUAUAUACAGCAAAGGAGGAAGGGGGGAGGGAAGGUAGAGGAGGAAAGUGCAAACAAGCGCUUUCCAUGCAUACGAACGCAAGCUGUACGUCAAACAAAGUGGCAAUCAUAUGGACACUCAAUACAACAUCAAAAUCCUG